ACUGUAGGGUAUCCUUGUUGGCAGUGCGCGCCAAUUCGGUUUUUCAUUCUUGUCCGUGGAAAUGUCUCAGAAACGCCGCUUUUCGAGCCAGGCUGGGCCAGCGAAAAUGGCCAGAACCGGCGCCGAUGAGGGAACCGGCAACGAUUUUGAAGCUGAGCUGGCUCUCAUGGAGGACUGUGAAGCGGAAGAAAAAAUUUUCAGUCAAGUGGACCCUUCUCUAGUCCCAGAAGACGAAGUCAUGUCCGCGCGAUGGAAGAGACCGGAAGCUCCAGCGCUAGACACUAGAGAGCAGAAAUUAGAGUUCCAACAAGUGGAUCUCGACCAUUACAUCGGCCCGAUCAAAGCUGGCAUGACUACGGUGACAUCGGGCUUAGUGCCUGUGACUCGGGUCUUCGGAUCCACCGAGGAAGGUCACAGCGUCCUAUGUCACGUACAUGGUUUUCUGCCGUAUUUCUACGUGCAGGCGCCUCCAGGGUUCAACAAGGGCAGUCUGGAGGAAUUCCGAAAGAACCUGAACCAAGCAGUCCUCGGCGAUAUGAAAGGCAACAAGAACGUCGCCGAAGCUGUGCUCAACUGUGAGCUCGUCGACAAACAGAACAUCUACGGCUACACAGACAGGGGUCUCGAACCGUUCAUCAAGAUCACGGUGGCUCUGCCGCGUCUGAUCGCUCCAUCGAAGAGACUUCUCGAAGGUGCCUCGGUAUCGAUUCGUUCGCAUCCCUCGUUCAAUUAUAGACCAUUCGAGGCAAACAUCGACUUCGAAAUUCGUUUCAUGGUCGACACUCAAACUGUGGGAUGCUCGUGGAUCACCCUGUCUCCAGGGAAGUACACUCUACGACCUGAAGGCGAGAAGACAUCCUUAUGCCAGUACGAGGCCGACAUUAAUUGGAAAGAUUUCAUCAGUCACCCAGCCGAAGGUGAAUACGCAAAGGUGGCCCCAUUCCGCGUGCUCAGCUUCGAUAUCGAAUGUGCGGGACGGAAGGGAAUUUUCCCCGAGCCGAACAAAGACAGAGUCAUUCAAAUUGCUUCCAUGGUGGUGCGUCAGGGACAGAAAGAUCCUUUCAUCAGGAACAUCAUGACUCUCGACACGUGUGCUCCCAUCCCAGGAGUCGAGGUUAUGUCUUUCGACACCGAAUCGAAGAUGCUCGACCAAUGGGCGGCCUUCAUCCGAUUGGUCGACCCCGAUAUCAUAACGGGAUACAACAUCCUCAAUUUCGAUUACACGUAUCUGGUCAAUCGAGCCAAGCAUCUCAAAGUGAAAAAUUUUCCCUACUUGGGUCGGAUCAGAGGGAGUGAGUCGGUCAUCAAAGAGAGCAUGAUUCAAUCCAAGCAGAUGGGACGUCGAGAGAACAAAAAUGUCACCAUGGAGGGUCGAGUGAACUUUGAUCUCCUGCUGGCUCUGCUGAGGGACUAUAAACUGAGAAGUUAUACACUGAAUGCUGUCUCGUACAACUUCCUCCAGGAGCAGAAAGAGGACGUUCAGCACAGCAUCAUCACCGAUCUGCAGAACGGAGACGAGCAGACCCGCAGACGUUUAGCCGUUUACUGUCUCAAGGACGCCCUUCUUCCUCUGCGUUUAUUGGAGAAAUUAAUGUGUAUCAUCAAUUAUAUGGAAAUGGCGAGGGUGACUGGCGUUCCCCUCUCAUACCUUCUGCUGCGCGGUCAGCAAAUUAAAGUCGUCUCGCAACUUCUGCGUAAGGCGAGAGAACAGGAUCUGAUCCUUCCCGUGAUCAAUGUCCAAACUGGAGACGACUUCACGGGCGCUACGGUCAUCGAACCAACCCGAGGCUACUACUCGGUUCCGAUCGCAACUCUCGAUUUCUCAUCGCUGUAUCCGUCGAUUAUGAUGGCUCAUAAUCUCUGCUAUACCACCCUACUGAACGACCAGAAGAUGAGGGAGCAGCUCAAGCCAGAUCAGUACAUCAAGACGCCGUCGGGUGAUUACUUCGUCAAGGCGUCUUGCCGAAAAGGCCUGCUCCCAGACAUCCUGGAAAGUCUGCUCUCGGCCAGGAAGAAAGCCAAGACCGAUCUGAAGAACGAAAAAGAUCCUUUCAGAAAGAAAGUGCUCGACGGAAGACAGUUGGCGCUGAAAAUAAGCGCGAACUCGGUGUAUGGCUUCACCGGGGCCCAGGUAGGGAAAUUACCCUGUCUCGCUAUCUCGCAGUCGACCACCGCUUUCGGGCGGCAAAUGAUCGACGAGACCGCCAGGGAGGUCGAAGCGAAGUACUGUCAGAAGAAUGGCUUCCAAUACGACGCGAAAGUCAUAUACGGUGACACCGACUCGGUGAUGAUAAAGUUCGGAGUGGAUAAAUUGGACGAAGCGAUGGACCUGGGCAGAGAGGCGGCCGAAUACGUGACGUCGAAAUUCGUGAAGCCGAUCAAACUCGAAUUCGAAAAGGUUUACUAUCCGUACCUCUUGAUCAACAAGAAACGCUACGCCGGAUUGUUGUACACCAGACCGGACAAGCACGAUAAGAUGGACUGCAAAGGUAUCGAGACCGUCAGGAGGGAUAAUUGUCCUCUCGUAGCCAACCUGAUCAACACGUGUCUCGAGAAAAUCUUGAUCGAGAAGGAUCCGAAAGGGGCUGUGAAUUUCGCCAAGCAGACAAUAGCGGAUCUUCUAUGUAACCGGAUCGACAUCUCGCAGCUCGUCAUAACUAAGGAGCUGACGAAAACGGAAGAAGAAUACGCGGGCAAGCAAGCCCACGUCGAAUUGGCGAAUCGGAUGAUGAAACGUGACGCGGGCAGUGCUCCCAAACUCGGCGACCGGGUGCCGUAUGUUAUCAUAGCUGCUUCGAAAGGUACAGCGGCCUACUUGAAAUCCGAGGACCCGAUCUACGUUUUGGAGAACAACAUUCCCAUCGAUACCCAGUACUAUCUCGAGAAUCAGAUUUCAAAGCCUCUGCUACGGAUUUUCGAGCCCAUUCUGGGGGAAAGUAAGGCCGCGAGUGAGCUACUGCGCGGCGAUCAUACGCGGUCAAAAGCGGUUGUUCACAGCAAGGUCGGAGCACUGGCGAUGUUCACGAAGAAGAAGGCGACUUGCAUCGGUUGCAAGGCAGUGCUGUCGUCCAACCGAGAAAACGGCGCAGUCUGUGAGCACUGCGAUAAACGAGCCAACGAAGUAUACAUGACUGAGGUUGUGUCUCUCAAUAAAUUGGAGGAAAAGUUCUCCAAAUUGUGGACCCAGUGUCAAAGAUGCACCGGGAGCCUUCACGAAGAGGUGCUGUGCACCUCGAGGGAUUGUCCCAUUUUCUACAUGCGGAAGAAAGUUCAGAUGGAUCUCCAGGACCAGCAAAAGUUGAUGGAUCGUUUCAAACUCGAGUGGUGA